AGGCUUCAGUUCACCAAACCUUCAGAAGAGAAGCAGUUCACUGUUGAUACCUGAGAGCAUUUAUACUUCCACAUAUCGUGAUAUAGCUUUGAAAUUGUCGCAGAGAUGUGUCAAAACUUUAAGGAGAAGAGGAAGCGUGGUAAACGUUCAGAGGCAGAGGACAGCAAGCCUCAACACGGCUAUCAUACGAGAGCUAACAUCCAUGAUGCUUCACCUGCCCUGUUCAAUGAAGCGGAAAGGACACCAUUGGGGUGUGAGCCCCGCAGUCCAACCAAGAAAAGAAAGCGGGUUUUUUCACCUGAAGAGAAAAGAGAGCCAAAGAGACGACGAUGCCUCUCCCCCAUUCACCAACCUGAGGUGGAGUUAAAAGGCCAAACAGAAAGGAAGGCUGCCCCCCAGAAGAAGACAGAGGCUUGUCACUCAAACAUCAGCGACAAGCAUCUCAGACAUGAGCAGGUUCAGAGUCUCGGAUUUCCAAACAUCGGACAAACCUGUUACAUGAACUCCUGCCUACAAAGCCUUCUGACACUGGAUGACUUUGUCGACGAUAUCAAACGUCAGAAGAAGGUGUGGCGUUCAAACCCCGACGCAGGGGUUAUGAGAUAUUUAACAAAAAUCAAAAAGGCUCGCCCCACGAAGGACUUGGCUAAAAAAACACUCCUUCUGACCAACUUCAAGACGGCCCUCUCUGCUUGGAAUCCAGAAUUCAAAGAUAAGAAACAGAAGGAUGCACAUGAGUUCUUAUCUUCAGUUCUGCAACAAAUCAGGAGUUUGGAUCCACAACUGCAGAACCUGGCAGCCACCAUGGACCAGACCUACACGUGCCCUGUCGAAAAACACAUAGCGUUCACCAUAGAGAACACAAGGACCUGCAAAAGCUGCGGUGUAGGAGCUACGAGACUGGAGAAAUACACUGACCUAUCCCUGGACAUAGCACUUGGAGGUGGAACGGUUGAGGACAUGCUGCAGGACUAUCUUAAGGAGACCGAUCUGGAGUACAGCUGUGAAUGUGGUGCCAACAUGUCAAGCCAGCGCUCAUCAUUCGCAACCAUGCCAAAAGCUCUAGUCCUGCAUCUUAAACGAAUCCGGUAUGAUUCAAGUUACCAACUGGAGAAGGUCCGUGACCCGGUAGACCUAUUAAGGGAACUGGUGAUUCCUUCCAAAGAGGGUGGUAGCUGCUACAGCCUCGUCAGCGCCAUCAGUCACAUCGGCACAGGAGCAGGAAGUGGACACUACAUCUCAGAUGGAGUGGAUCUGGAUGUGCCAGUGGAGGACCCAGAAGACCGUUGGUUCACUUACAAUGACACAGUAGUUAGAGAAACCAGCGGUGCCUCUGUGUGCAAUCUGCGAAAGCAAAACGCCUACGUCCUGGUCUACAAAAGACAGGAUCAGUCAGCGGGAUGAUCCAUGGGGACUUCAGAUGGAAUCAAGGGCAGCCAGUAGACCUUCAUCACCAUAGGGGACCAGGUCCUUAUAUCUCAAAGGGAAGACAAAAAGGGUAUGUGCUGUCUCCAAAUCCAAAUGUUUCAAGGUUGUAUGAAGUCCAGUGAUCAUGGAGCCGCACGUCCAGUGGAGCAGCAGCAUGUCUCCUGGAGCAGCAAGAGGUCAAUUGGAGCAGCAGCAAGUCUGGUAGCCCAAAGGAGGAUGGGUGUUUCCCCCAGAGAGCCUGGUUCCUCCCAAGGUUUCUUCCUCACAGAGGGAGUUUUUCCUUGCCACAGUUGCCCCAAAACAAAAAGUCACCAAAAUGAUUAGCAGUGACUUAUUUAAACUGAAAUCAAUCCAGACAAGCAUCCUGUCUGGAUUAUCAAUUUGGCAUAAUUUGGCUUGCUCUCUGGCUAGGAUAGUACAGUGAAAAUGGAUGAAUACUUUUAUAUAUUAAAAAAAACAAAACUUUUGAGAUACAUAAAUACUAAUUUAGAAUGUAUUCAUUCAUGUAAAAAGAAUAAUAAUUUUGAGAUACAUAAAUACUAAUUGAGAAUGUAUUCAUUCAUGUAAAAAAAAGAAAAAAUACCACAAGGAUGUUAAAUAAACACAAUUCUGAAUUUGA